CUCUCUCUCUCAUCUGUUCCUCUCUACUUCCACACAAACAACCUACUCCCCCUCUCUUCUCUCUCUCUCUCUAUCUGAAAAGGCACAAAGCACAAAAAGAAACAGAAGCAGAACACAUAGAAGAGAGAUGGGUCGUUCUCCUUGUUGUGAGAAAGCCCAUACCAACAAAGGUGCAUGGACCAAAGAAGAAGACCAGCGCCUCAUCAACUACAUCAGAGCGCAUGGCGAGGGCUGCUGGAGAUCUCUCCCCAAAUCCGCAGGUUUACUGAGAUGUGGUAAGAGUUGUAGACUAAGAUGGAUAAAUUACCUGAGGCCUGAUCUCAAAAGAGGCAAUUUUACUGAAGAAGAAGACGAGCUAAUCAUCAAACUCCAUAGCUUACUUGGAAAUAAAUGGUCUCUCAUCGCUGGUAGAUUACCCGGAAGAACAGACAAUGAAAUCAAGAACUACUGGAAUACCCACAUCAAACGCAAGCUCUUGAGCCGUGGACUUGACCCACAUACCCACCGACCGCUCGGCGCCACCGCCGCCACCGCCACCGCCGCCACCGCCGCCGCUACCACCACAACCACAAUCACAAUCACCAGCACCUCCACCAUCCCCACCACCCCUUACUCCGACGUAGUCCUCAACUCUUCUUCGCCGACAUCUGCACUUCCGCCGGAGAUGAUCGUCAUGAAGAAUAGUAACCAUAACAACCAAACCGAAGAGACAGAGAGCAGCAGCGGAACCACAGAAGAACACCAACAAGAACAGAGCUCCCCACAACAACAACAACAACAACGAUACACAGAACUUAACCUUGAUCUCUCUAUAAGUCUUCCUUUCCAACAAGAGUCACCGUCGGCGAAUACAGAAGAAUCGAAGCAACAGAAAUUGUCUUACCAGAUGUUCACAUCAUCGUCGUCACUGCCGAUGAUCACACAAGCCAUCUGUUUAUGUUGCCGUUUAGGAUUCCAAACUAGCCAAGCUUGUAAUUGCCAAACCACCAUGAUAACCAAUGGUGUCCACAGAUAUUACAGUCCAUUAGAUUUACAGAUGUGAUUAAAAAGUAGAGUAUAGUUCUUCUCUGAUCUGCUUUCUUUCCCCUCCAUCCAUGUAAUGUAUCUUUCUUCUCUUUCCUUUUUCCAGUCAAAAUAGAAAAUUUUAUUUUGAUAUUUGAAAAGAAGAUCAAAAGAUUCAAAACCA